AUGGUCAAUGAACGAACUGGAUCUAAUGGAAGUACUUCCGAAGCAAAUAGUACCACUCGAGCCUCAAUUGUCGUAGAUAAUGGUAGCGGACAGUGUAAAGCAGGUUUUUCAGGUGAUGACGCUCCAAGAGCCGUCUUCCCAAGCAUUAUAGGUAAGCCAAGACACCAUGGAGUCAUGGUAGGUAUGGGACAGAAAGACUCCUACGUAGGAGACGAAGCCCAAACUCGCCGAGGAAUUUUAACCCUAAAAUACCCCAUUGAACACGGUAUAGUUAACGACUGGGACUCAAUGGAGAAAAUUUGGCAUCAUACCUUCUAUAACGAACUAAGAGUAGCCCCAGAAGAACAUCCCGUUCUAAUGACUGAAGCCCCACUUAACCCCAAACUCAACCGAGAAAAGAUGACCCAAAUUAUGUUUGAGACUUUUAACUGUCCUUCUUUCUACGUAGCUAUUCAAGCUGUUUUAUCUCUUUACUCCAGUGGUAGAACAACUGGUAUUGUUUUGGAUUCAGGUGAUGGUGUUACGCAUACAGUCCCUAUUUAUGAAGGGUACUCUUUGCCCCAUGCUAUCUCUAGAAUGGACUUAGCCGGUCGGGACUUAACUAACUACUUGAUGCGUAUUUUGACUGAGAAGGGAUACACCUUUACUACUACGGCUGAAAGAGAGAUUGUUAGGGACAUUAAGGAGUCUUUGUGUUACGUAGCUAGGAAUUUUGAUGAGGAGAUGGCUAAACCUUCUAGUGCUUUGGAAAAGUGUUAUGAACUACCUGAUGGUCAGUCUAUUACGAUUGGUAAUGAAAGGUUUAGGGCUCCUGAAGCUCUUUUCCAACCGGCUUUUAUUGGUCAGGAAACUGUUGGUAUUCAUGAGACUUGUUUUAAUUCGAUUAUGAAGUGUGAUGUGGAUAUUCGUAAGGAUCUUUACAGUAACAUUGUUCUUUCGGGUGGAACUACUUUAUACCAGGGGUUGUGCGAUCGAAUGCACGAUGAGAUUUCUCGUUUGGCUCCUUCUUCUAUGAAGAUUCGGGUGGUGGGUAAUCCAGAAAGGAAGUACAGUGUAUGGAUUGGUGGGUCUAUUUUAGCCUCCCUAGGCACCUUCCAGCAAAUGUGGGUGAGUAAGGCCGAGUACGAUGAGUUUGGUCCCUCUGUGGUGCAUCGUAAGUGCUUCUAA